CAUUCAUUUCACCUAUCUUCUUCACUUUAUUAUCUUCAUCUUCUUACUGGCCUGGUUGCCUUCAAUGCCCCCUCCCGAUCAGCCAUCUUCACCUUCGUCUUUAUCGACACAUGACUCCUCAUUGUUGCACCAUCUACCCGAUGUUAUAGAAGUCCCCUUCGACAACCUUUUCACCCCUGAAACAGAAACAGAAGCAAAGAGUAAAGGAGCCCAACUUAAUCAAAAAAGAAAAAGAGUUGCUGAUGUUUUACUAGAAAAGUCUAAGGAUGGCAAACUUCAGCACAGUUUAAUCAGCAAAGUUGCUGAGGAAUUCAGCUUUACAAGGAAAACUAAAAGGGUCCCUGUAGACAUGGAAAAACUGGCAGCUAUCCCGCUGUCUAGACGUAAGAACAUGCGUGCACUUAGCUUUGCUAUGGAGGUUUCAAAAUCCACAGUCCACAGAUGGCUAAAGCACAAAGAUAUAAGGAGACAUUCAAGUGCUAUAAAGCCAUACUUAUUCCCCUUUGACAACCUUUUCACCCCUGAAACAGAAACAGAAACAGAAGCAAAGAGUAAAGGAGCUCAACUUAAUCAAAAAAGAAAAAGAGUUGUUGAUGUUUUACUAGAAAAGUCUAAGGAUGACAAACUUCAGCAUGGUUUAAUCAGCAAAGUUGCUGAGGAAUUCAACUUUACAAGGAAAACUGUGAGCAACAUUUGGCAAAUUGCUAAAGCACAAUUAGAGUCUGGCCUACCUAUUGAUGUUCAAUGCCAUUGGAAAGGAAGUUGUGGCAGAAAAAGGGUCCCUGUAGACAUGGAAAAACUGGCAGCUAUCCCGCUGUCUAGACGCAAGAACAUGCGUGCACUUAGCUUUGCUAUGGAGGUUUCAAAAUCCACAGUCCACAGAUGGCUAAAGUGCAAAGAUAUAAGGAGACAUUCAAGUGCUAUAAAGCCAUGCUUAUAUUUAGGAGUUGGCUGGGGAGGUGCCCUUUCAUCUUCGCUAUCGCUUAAAAGCUUGAAGGAGGGCAUGGUAGGGUCGCGACCCACCAUUUUUGGUGAAUUCUUAUGGGAAGGAGGUAUGGAAGAUAUAGAUUUGAUGAUUGAGGGUGCCGGCGGCGAUGGGGAAGGGGAACAGCCACAAAGAGACGGUUAGAGGAGAGAGGAUGAAUGGAUGAGGGGAUGCGUAGGUUAGACCUCGGUGGGUGGGGGUAAGAGGGUGGGGGUAUAAAUUGGGUUUAAGGGU